CCGAACGCUGAGAGGGACGAAGUAGACGUGCACACUGCCCUGGACGGAGAGGACAGCAUGGAGAAGAUUCUGACGUUCCCAGUGGUGAUUGGGCUGUUUGCAGUGUUAACCACUGUACUCUUCUUCCUCCUGAAAUCAGGAUCCUCCAGUAGGAGAAAGAGCAGCAAACUUCCCCGAACCCUGCAGGACCCCACUGUUAAAUACCCGCUGCCACUCGUUGAGAAGGAGGAAAUUACACACGACACCAAGAGAUUCCGCUUCGGCCUCCCUUCCUCUGUUCAUGUGCUUGGUCUUCCAGUCGGUCAGCAUGUGUACCUGUCUGCUAGAGUCAAUGGGAGUUUAGUGAUCCGGGCCUACACUCCGGUCUCCAGUGACGAGAACCAGGGCUUUGUGGACCUUGUAGUGAAAGUCUAUUACAAAAACACCCACCCAAACUUCCCUGAGGGCGGCAAGAUGUCCCAGUACCUGAACGACAUGAAGAUUGGCGACAGCAUUGACUUCCGAGGGCCAAACGGCCUGCUGGUGUACAACGGAAACGGUCAGUUUGCUAUUCGGCCUGAUAAAAAGUCUGAUGCCAGGGUGCGGAGGUUCAGAAACGUGGGUAUGAUCGCAGGUGGCACAGGCGUUACUCCAAUGUUGCAGCUAAUCCGCUGUAUAACAGCAGAUCCUACAGAUAACACCAAGUGCUCCCUGAUUUUCGCCAACCAAACCGAGAAGGAUAUUUUGCUAAGGAAGGAGCUCGAUGAGGUUCUGAGGAACCACCCUGAUAAACUCAACCUGUGGUACACACUGGACAAGCCUCCACAAGGCUGGAAAUACAGCGCAGGAUUCAUUGACGCUGCAAUGAUAAAAGAGCACCUGCCCCCUCCAGCCAGUGACGUGCUGAUUGUGCUGUGUGGCCCGCCCCCCAUGAUCCAGAAUGCCUGCCUGCCUAACCUCACGAAGCUGGGCUACAAAGAAGAGAACAUUUUUGCAUAUUAAGGCCAUCAGAUGUGUUUAUAUAAAGCACAAGUGUGAUGUCUGAUACACUUUGCUAAAUUUAAAAAGUCUUCAAAGCAGAA